AUGGCCGACUCAAAUACGGAGUCUGUUCAACUGUUGACAGGCAUCUCAGGCUGCACAGAUGACGAGGCGCGCAGAUGGUUGAAGGUCAAAAACAACGACGCCGACGCUGCUCUGAACGCCAUAUUAGACAACGAAGAUCUCUCCAAAGCCGAGCAAAGCAUUACCUGGAACGAGAAUGAUUUCAAUGCCGGCCGUGACGGCACUGCUGCAUUCGGCCCUCAGAACUACUCAUACACCGAUCAGAACCUGCGUCCGUUAGGACACAGCGCAGCUCCGACCAGGGGCAACUCACCCGCGCCUUCCCUCAAACAACCUUCCAACAAAGAUGAUGAAGACGCCGAUCUGCAAAAAGCCAUCGAAGCAUCACAACAGACUGGCAUCACUUUACCAAACACAAACUUCAAGCCUGCGAUGGAUGAUCAUUACGACCCUUCAAAGUGGUCGAUGACCACUGUCAGCAUGGAGCCUCAACAAGCUAGCGAGAUCAUUCCGGAUCUUGAACCACACGAACGCAAGAACGAAAAUGAGGAACCAAGAUUCUUGAAGCCGCUUCCAUCGGGCGAUUAUCUCCCCAGUUUACUUACCAUUGCACACUCUAUCCCGCUGGCACGCAAAGCUCUAUUGGCACCACACAAGACUUACUCCUCCUACGGCUCGGACUCUGAGUGGUGGAAGGGUCAUGGCAUCCGCUUGCCCAAGAUCGUCAGUACUGUCGAUGGCGCACCUAUGGAGCCCGCUACCACCAAUCAGGAUGAGAUCCUCGCCGAGAUGCAGCGCUUGAUGGCUCUGCUAGACGACAGCUUGAGAUCUUACGGCAGUGUUGAAACACUCGUCCGCCUGGCUGAAGUCCAACCCAACAGCGGAUGUAUCCUCGACAAAGUUAUCGAGGCCUGGGAAAAUGCUUCCAUGCAUGCCAUGAAUGGAACUCCAGACCUUGAUAGCUUCGUCUUCCACUCGUUAGUUGGCACAACGAACCCUGAGGGUAUGACCACACCGGAUCUCUAUUCGUUACCCUUGUUCAUCAGCUCUGGCCCUGGUGCCUCGAGCUUGGAGCUGGCCUCUAUCAUGGAUGACACUCUCUGGGAUACCGAAGGCGAUGAGUCGACUGUCUACGACAACUUCAUUGAUCACUGCGCACACGUCCUACCGAUACGCCUGAUGCACAACGACAGUUCAAAAGAAACACUGAAUGUCGUCAUUCCUCCUGUACUCUAUGUCGACAAAUACCUCAAAGAGAACGCUGAUCUUACAAGAGAUGUUCGCAGGCAGAUGAUUCAGGGCAAGAAGAAGAUCGAAAGCAUCGAGGCGGUCCAAUUCAAACUGAACAACUAUCAGCACGCCCAGAAAGGAAAUUUGGAUACUAGUCAGCUGAUGAAGCACGCACAGGAUUACUUCUCGGGCGAGACCAGAAAGAACCUGCUCGAGGAGAGAGAAGGUGCUGGCGCCGGAGGAGACACUGACAUUCCCCUGCCACAGGAGCACCAUGGCGCCAUAGCCGAGAAGCUGGACGCACUCUACAAGGAGCUCAUGGUGAAACUCCAAGCUCUCGAACAGGAGAAGGAAAAGGCCCGCAAGGCACUGGCAGAACUUUCGCAGGAAACCGGACUGCCGAAAGACAGCCUCAAGCACAGAUAUUCUCUUAGGGGUGUCUCGACCAAGACUCAUGUGACAUAUCUCCUCCGUCCUCGCGAUCCCUCCGAUACCGCUAUGGUCGACGAUGAAGAUGCGCCAGAAGGCAUGCAGUGGUGGCGUAUCGAGUAUGAUGUGCAAAUGCAUGGAGCCAAGGUUAUCAAGACCAAAUCAACACAAGACGACGUUAUCCGAGCCGUGGAGCUCGAGCACAACCAAGCUCUCUUAGUAUACGCCAGCGACUACGCCAUCUCGGAUGAGCACGAGAUUGAACUCACCUCCGCCCUCGAUGAAUUCAUCCAUUACGACGAUGAAAACUUCAACUCAGAGCUGGAGACGAGCGGUUUCGGCCACGUCAACGUGUAUCCCGCCUAUGAAGGCGUCCAACAACGCCGUGAUUCAGCAGACAGUACUGCCGUCAACUUCGAUGAGGGCCCACCUGGUUAUGAGCCACCCCCCUACGAUGCCAACGUGGAGUACGGUCGCAUACCAAUUAAUGUGCAGGACAGCAAAGACGUGGCUAUGCACGAAGGUCACAGUUCCCCUGUUCACGAGAUUCGCCUUGAGCAAGAGGAGGUACAACAAGACUCCGAUAACAUCUCAGGAGUCGAGAUGGUUGAGAAGGCACAUGCGGCUCCUUCGUUGUACAGGUUCGGCAAUGACGGUUCCAAGAUUACUGAGACAGUCAGUGAUGAUGCAAUGACAGGUAUCAAGGGCUCAGAAGGAGAAGCCGACCUGAUCGAUUUUAAGGAAUAG